AUGCGUGUGGCUUACUGGGGCAUGGGACUUUACAUGGGCGUCGGUCGCACUCAGAACCGCGCCAGAGAAGUCAUCAACGAUGUCCGAGAUUCGGCAGGUAGCUAUAAGGAUUCGGCGGAUGUGGUGGCUCUUCUGUGCCGUCGCACCGCUAAGGAGGGUGGAACGUCCAAGGUCAUGAGUAGCAUUGCGCUGCAGGAUCAUAUCGAUGAAUUCUGCCCCGAUUCGCUUCCGGUGCUUGAGUCAAACAAUUGGUUUUAUCCUUUUGUCGAAAUAUAG